AUGAUGGUGAAUACGUUUGAAUUGUUACCUGUUGAUGUUAUUUUCGAAAUAUUUUCUUAUUUGUCUGCUGUUGAAAUUCUUCAAUCAUUUUUAUCGUUAAAUAAUUAUCUUUCAAGCAUAAUUAUGUAUGAAUAUUUAUGGCAUAUUCAUAUUGGUGGUAAUAGAAUAUCAUUAUCAACGUUCAAUAAUUUAUGUCAAAAUGUAUUAAAACGAUUAGGACAUCGAGUUAUUUUAUUACGCAUCAUCUUAACUAAUGUGAUUGGUGGACCAAGAAAUAGAAGGAACAUGUCUUGCUAA